AUGAGAGAAAUUAUAUUCUUAAUUGUAACUUCAUAUUGCUUGUUCGUCGUUGCCGCCGCUGCCAAGUCGUCAUGCGAGGAAAUCACAGUCGAUCAGUGCAAAGGUAUAGGUUACAACCACACUUCGGUGUCCAGCCACGAAGACCAAUCAGGGCAGUAUGGAUUAGCCGUUUUCAUGAUGAAUAUCCACCCCCUCGUGAGAUCGCGGUGUUCCCCUAAGCUGAACUUUUUCCUGUGCACCGCUUAUUUGCCAAUGUGCGUAGAAGGUCUACCACCCAUCGGGCCGUGUCGAGAGUUCUGCCAGCACGUACAACAUGACUGCGAGCCCGUCCUGAAGCUGAUGGGCUACCACUGGCCCGGAGAUCUGGACUGCACACUGUUUCAGCACGAGAGCGAUUCAAAGAAUUUGUGUAUAGUGUCAAACAUGUUUGGAUUGAUACUCCGCGUCGCGCGUGAAUUCGGGAUAACGAUAACGGGCGAUAACAAGGCCCGUGGACAAUCAUCUAACGAGGAGUCGCGCGCAGGCCGCAGCGUGGCCCUCUCGAGCACGCUCCUCGGCCAUUUCUCUCCCUUUCCCUCGGCCACAGCCACAGUGUUGCGGCAUACCUGCGGACCUUUUUUUGUUGUAGGCGCUCCCCCCGCGUCCGGCGUGGGCUCGUCGCAGGCGCACGUUCACAUCGUCUCGAGUCGCGCCUCCGAACGCGUGUUCGCGGUCCACGACCCGCUAUCGGCGCCCGCGCGUAAACAUUCUCGUCUACAAUGA